AUGACAUCGCCAGUACCAUAUAGCAGCGACAUCCCGCUCGCUGACCUUGAGAAUGGAACCUCCGCCGUAGCCUACUCCGAUGGCAACUCUCGCUGGAACGAGUUCUCCCAUUUCCACCCCUCCAAUAUUCUCGCGAAUCCCACCAGCCUCCGGUGGAAAAUGUCGCAGGAGGACUGGAUGGCCUAUGUUGAGGAGCUGGGCCAAAAUCUGACGGUGGCCUUGACGCCGUCCUUCCUCCAACCCUACGUUGGCGGCGCGGGAUCCCCGCCAGCCAAACUGCACGCUAUCGCGGCGCUUGAUGGGUUGCGCGGGUGGGCAUGCCUGCUGGUCUUCAAUUUUCAUUUCCUUUUCACCUAUACCUGGAAGGUCGCGGUGGGCUGGGGGUUUGCUGGAUCGAACUUCGGAGUCCAUCAGCUACCGUUCCUCCAUAUGCUCAUUUCCGGGCACAUCAUGGUCGCGAUUUUCUUUGUCAUCUCGGGCUACGUGCUCUCGUAUAAGCCACUGAAGACCAUCCGUGCCCGAUCCUACGAAGAAACUUUUACCGUGCUGGCUUCGUCAACCUUCCGCAGAGCCUUGCGACUUUACAUUCCCUCCCUCGUGGGUCUCGCCUGUGUCUUUGUCGCUGUCAGGCUGGGCCUGUACAACUACUCUUGGGGCAUCGUUAAAGAGGGGCAUACGAUCGUCGGCACCAAUGAGCAACACCCGCCGAUCUUUGGGUCGUUAAUUAAGCAGUUUUGGGAUUUUUACCGGACUGUCGCCCAUCUCAUGAACCCCUUUGAUUGGGGCUUAUUCUAUAACAACUACAAUCCGCAUCUUUGGACCAUACCCGUCGAAUUUCGAUGCUCCAUUGUCUUGUUCAUCACGAUCCUGGCCACUUCGCGCCUCGUCUCGGUCGUUCGCAUGAGCCUUGUUGCUGGUCUCAUCUGGUUCUGCAUGCGCUACGGUCGGUGGGAUGUCGUUCUCUUCCUGUGUGGUAUGGUGAUGGCGGAAUUGGAUCUCAUCAACGGAACCUGGGAUCGGUCCGCUCCCACGGCCGCAAACCGACCGGGUCCCGAAAGAAUGCUGCACAUCCGUCUUCGCCCUGGGGACAAACCGCUGGUCAGUGUUUCUCGCCAACGUUUCUGGAUCGGCCUCUUCGUUGUGGGGCUGUACUUUGGCUCAAGCCCCAAUCUCGGAUUCAAAUGGACUCCAGGGUACAGGUGGAUUUGGAGCAUCACCCCCUCAACGUAUCCCGAGCCACAUCGAUUUCCACAAACCAUUGGCGCCACUCUGAUCGUGUUCAGCAUCAACCACUCACCGGAGAUCCAGAAGCUAUUCACCAAUCGCCUGUCUCAAUACCUGGGCAAGAUUUCAUACGCUUUCUACAUCGUCCAUGGCCCCAUUCUGCACUCGCUGGGCUACUCCAUCAUGCCCAACAUCUGGGCACUGACGGGCAAAGAGUCCAAUUUCCAGUAUUGCUUUGGGUUCUUCAUCGGCUGGUGCAUCUGUCUGCCUGUUGCCAUCUGGGCGGGUGAUGUCUUCUGGCGAGCGGUUGAUGUGCCCAGUGUGAGUUUUGCCCGCUGGCUCGAAGCGCAAGUCAUGGCGAAACCUUCCUCGGUGGCAGGAACACCGAGUUUGAAUACGCCGCGGGCACAAACCCCGAGGAACAAUUAA